GGGAUCUCGAGUAUGAGGUCUUAAUUACCACAUGAUAAAGGUGAAGGACUGACAUUGAAUUGUUAUUUCUAGGUGAAGGAGGUUGAUGGCACGUUCUCAUUGCCACUGGACUUUCUCCAGUUCCGUAAACUUUCUGAACUACAGGAAUUUUGUGUAAUUUUAGAGAGUAAACCUAAAGAUGCUCUGUUGUGUAUGAGUGCUUCAUUACACAAGGUUUUCUUUGAGAAAUUGGGAGAUGAAAGUUUUGAUGAUUUUGUGAAGAUAAAUAUCCGCCUCCACAACUACCCUGAAUCAGUAAUUGCAUUGAAGAACCUAAAAGCCGCUUAUAUUGAUAGGCUUGUCUAUGUACGUGGUACAGUGGUAAAAGUCAGCACAGUCAAGCCUCUGGUGAUGCAAAUGGAUUUUGCCUGUACUAAAUGCGGAACCAGUAUUACUCGUGACUUUCCAGAUGGAAAAUUUUCACCUCCACCAAUAUGUAAAUUGCAUGGUUGCAAAUGCAGGACUUUUAAUCCCAUAAGGUCUACAGCUCGACUUAUCGACUUUCAGAAAAUAAG